AUGAUGGGCAACAUUAUGCUCAUUAUCGCAACCAUAGCCCUCCUACACGCUGCCUUCUCCACCUACGAACACCUGUCAUAUCGGAAGGCGCUCGGGAGGCUGGAGGGCUCACUGCCAGCAGAUAUUGUCCUUGAGGCGCUUGUUGCCCUGGUCCUUGCGACCUUUGGUGCUGCCUUGCGCACACCAGAACUCAGGGAGGUGACAUGGCGCAGCGAGAUGAAGCGCAGAUCAUUGGAAGACCAGGACGAUGCACGAAUGUCGUUUGCAACGUUCAUUCACCGCGCAGGGAUAGCCGUGCCAAGCAAGAGCGAGUAG